GCUCCGGUGGCCAGCGGUGGCCAGCGACGGGCUGCGCUCCCGGGGACCUGUCCCCUCCCGCCCCCUCCCGCCCCCUCCCGCCCCCUCCCCCGGCCGGCUGGCAUGUCCACCGCGGCGGCUUUCUACCUGCUGUCCACCCUGGGCGGCUAUGUGGUCACCUCCGUCCUGCUGCUCAAGUGCCCGACCCUGCUGCACCAGAAGAAGAAGCAGCGGUUCCGCUGCAAACACAUCUCCCACCGCGGAGGUGCUGGAGAGAACUUGGAAAACACAAUGACAGCCUUUCACCAUGCAGUCGAUGUGGGAACCGAUAUGUUGGAACUGGAUUGCCAUAUUACAAAAGAUGAGCAAGUAGUCGUGUCACAUGAUGAAAAUCUGAAGAGAUCAACUGGGGUCAAUGUUAACAUCUCUGAUCUCAAGUACUGCGAACUCCCACCUUACCUGUGCAAACUGGAUGUCACAUUUCAAAAAGCAUGCCAGUGUGAAGGAGAAGAUAACCGCAUUCCUUUGCUAGAGGAAGUUUUUGAGGCAUUUCCCCAUACGCCAGUCAACAUUGACAUCAAAGUUAACAACAAUCUACUGAUUAAGAAGGUUUCAGAAUUGGUGAGUCAGUACAAAAGAGAGCAUAUAACCGUGUGGGGCAAUGCAAAUUACGAGAUCGUAAAAAAGUGUCACAAAGAGAAUUCAGAUAUCCCUAUCCUCUUCUGCCUACAACGCGUUCUGCUCCUCGUCGGCCUGUUCUACACUGGUCUCUUGCCCUUUGUGCCCAUUCGCGAGCAGUUUUUGGAAAUCCCCAUGCCUUCCAUCAUAAUGAAGCUGAAAGAACCUCAGAAGAUGUCACGAAGCCAAAAAUUUGUCAUCUGGCUUGCUGAUAUGCUGCUAAUGAGGAAAGCAUUGUUUGACCACCUCACUGCCCGAGGCAUUCAGGUUUAUAUUUGGGUGUUAAAUGAAGAGCAGGAAUACAAAAGAGCCUUCGAUUUGGGAGCAACUGGAGUGAUGACAGACUAUCCAACAAAACUUAAGGAAUUUUUACAUAAUUAUUCAGCGUAAAGAAGAAAUUGCAUAGAAAGAACCCAAGGAAAGACCCCUAGGAAGAGAGUUCUUUCAAAUUCAUACGAAUAAGCAAUUUCCAGGAUAAUGAAAGUGAAAUCAAAUGAAUUUUAUUACCUCAUUCCUUAGUCUGUUUCACAAUGUAGAAAUUGUAAACAGUGUAUUUAUUUUAAGCUAUAUCGCAUACUUUACAUUUGUAAAUAGUUUGAUAGGAGGGUAUAAAUUGUGCAGAGAAGGUAGAAAAUUAUGGAAUAAGAUUUCUGUAAAAAUACAGCAUUUUUGCUGUUGUUGGUUAUUCUGAAUCAGCCUAAUUAAGAACUUUCCAUCUUCGGAAUGCAUUUCAUCGUACAUUGAGUUGAGAUUCAGCUAAUUAAACUACAUUGAGCGAUAUUUUUUGUUGCUUUGGGUUUACUGUCUAACCUGCAUACUGGAAAAGAAGCCAAUGGCAAGAGAAAUCUAAAAUCUGUGAUGUCAUUGGAGAGCCACGUAUGCACUUUGAGUCUCGAAGAAAUAAUUAAAAGUUCUAACAUUUGGCCAGAUGUAAAAUCUGUUGACUGGACCAGAUUAUUGAUUUAGUUGCUGUGUUUGCGCUGUAUUUAAUAAAAAUGGCCUGGUGAACACACA